UCCACCACUAUUGUUUAUUUAAUUGCAUUUUAUUUUUUGGACAAAAAAAGUUGAACAAAGGAUUCUUGUCGAAUUUAUUGGAAAUGAGCUCAUCCGAAACAUCAGCAUCGGCUUUCUCCAGCUCGGACACCGCUGCUUUGGAGCGCCAAACGGAGACGGAGCAGCCGGUGUCUUUUGAACAGAUUUGGAACGAAAACCAUAGUAAAACAAGCGUUGAUUGGAUUCGCGAAAAUAGUUACAAAAGGGUUUGCCUGCAAUUUCCUGACGACUAUUUGCCCCACAGUAAUGCCAUUAGUGUGGACCUAAGGAAGCUACUUGCGCCGGAGGAAGUAAAGGUCUUUAUCCUGGCUGACACCACGUACGGUAGCUGUUGCGUUGACGAGAUUGCGGCUGCUCAUGUGGAUGCAGAUAGUGUGAUUCACUUCGGAAAUGCCUGUCGCAGCAGGGCCUCCCGCUUGCCGGUGCUCUAUCUUUACCCAGAGUUACCCUUGGAUUUGGAUCUUCUUCUCGGCAAAUUACAGAGCCUUCGUCCAGAUAGCAAAGAGCGACAGGUGUGCGUUUACUUAGACAUUGGAUACCAGCAUAUCUAUAAGGAGGAGUUAAAGAAGCAACUGACUGAGGCCCUGCAGCCUAAGGAUCUCCUGCUAGAGCUGUUUCCUCCCAUUGAAGGGAGUUCAAGUCCCUCUAAGGAGCCCUCCAGCCUCGAACGGAUUUGCAUUUUUAUAGGCAGCGACAACCAGCGUUUUGCCAAUCUUUCCCUGACCGCUCUCGCUGCAGUCCAGUGGUAUAUCUACGAUGGGGCAUGCGGCGCUCUUAGUUCCAAGAAUCCACUCACGGCUCAGUUCAUCCGUCGUCGCUAUUUCCACAUCGAAAAAUGCAAGGAUGCACAAACCCUGGGAUUGAUUGUGGCAACGCUUUCGGCUGAGGGUUACUUAGAUGUGGUGGCCCGCCUGCAAACUAUGGCCAAGGGCAGAGGUAUCAAGACGCAGCUUAUUUCUGUGGGAAGAAUCAACCCUGCCAAACUGGCCAACUUCCUAGAGAUUGAUUGCUUUGUACUUAUCGGUUGUCCCUUCAACAACAUGUAUGACUCCAAGGAGUACUAUAAGCCCAUUGUGUCUGUCUUCGAAGCAGAGAUGGCCCUAAAUCCCGCUUGGCACAUGAAAUAUCCCGAGGCCUAUGUGACGGACUUUAAGCAACUUCUGCCAGAAGGUCGCAGCUUUCUACCCUUCGAUGUGGCAGGCAUACCAGAGAACGAUGUCAGCUUGGUUAGCGGAAGGCUAAGAGGAGCGCUAAACGAUUCCGUGGAAACAGCCGGAGAUCCUGCUUCACUUGCGUUAGCCACGCAAGCCAAAAUGGCUUUAAUGACCACGGACACGGGUCUCUCCUUCGAGGAUCGCACCUGGCAAGGAUUGGACCCUGCCCUGGGCCAAACGGAACCCGCCCCGCUGCAGCAGGGACUCAGCGGCAUUCCCAUUAAUUACACACAUCAAUAAAGGCGCAGCAACUUAUGUAA